AUGGAUGAAAGGAUGGACGGACGGAAAGAUGAAUGGCUGUUCAAGUUGCAUGUCCUCUUUUUUGUCCUCUUCGGCCGACACGCAUGGCCGUUGGAUCUCGGUCCGGAUCGGUUCAACACGUCCGCUUGGCAUCGCGUGAAAACCGACCGCAAGGUCUUCAGCUCGAGCCCGGCCUGGCCACCGCCUGCGUCGCUUUCAAGCAAGCCUGAGACAAACUGCACCCAUUUUGGUCGUCAAGGCGUGAAACAUUUUUCCUUCUCUCCUCCACAAAGCUGGUCGCUUCUGGCAAACCGUCCAGUCGCAAAGUCCGUCAUGCGGAAACUGGCUCGAGGCAUUCUGAUCGAAAAAUGCCCA